AUGGCCGAGUAUGCGCAGGAUUCCCUUGCGGGGCCCGAGUGGGCCCUGAACAUAGCGCUAUGUGACUGUGCUAAUGCGAGCGACGCUGUGUGCGACGACAUCGUGCGCUUCUUGCAGCGUCGGCUACAGAGUAACAGCCCCAAGGUGGCGCUGCUAGCUUUAGUGCUGACGGAGACUGUAGUGAAGAACGGACCGCCUGCGAUCCACAGCCAAGUCGGCUCCAGAGUGUUUCUCAGCGAAGUAGCGGCGCUGGCAGACGGUAGUCUGGGCGUGGACGUGCAGAACCAAGCUCUUCUUUUGAUCCGCCAAUGGGCAGACGCAUUCAAGGGCACCGAGCUACAGGCCUUUCAGGACGUCUAUAGACAGCUCAAGAUGCAGGGCAUCGCCUUUCCUGAGAUCGAAAAUGACGCUCCUAUCUUCACACCACCAUCGUCGACUUCUAUUAGGGAGGAGGACUAUACAACUUCUGCUGCUCCUGGACGACACACGCGAGAGCAGCAAUUGCAGAAGCUCCACGCAGACUUGAAGGUGGUUCAAGAGAAGAUCAAACAAUUGAGAGAUCUACACACCCGUGGACAGACUGGUGAGCAGCUGGAAGAUGUUUUGGAUUUCUUACGGCAAUGCCAGCCCAGGAUGAACACGCUCAUUGAAGGAGGAAUCAUGGGCAAGAUCGACGAACGCACGUUGGAAGAGUGUCUCAACGUGAAUGAUACUUUAAUGAAGACUCUAGAGGAGUGUAGCAAGACUAAGAUGCAAGACAUGAUGACGUUCGAUUCGCCACCGCGUGUGAAUCACACGGCCGGAUUGCAGCAAGGUGUGAGCGACCUGAGUUUGAACGGAGCAGGUACGGUAUCGAGCUCUGCAGCUGCAGCCCCUCGAGCAGUGACUUCUGCUCGCUCGACUCUCACCACGCUGAAUGAUGGUAUGUAA